AUCAAUCCACAGAAGAAGAAGAAAAUCAUCCAUAAUAUUGUACUAUUAUGUAUGUGAUCUAUUCAUUUCUGCUUAUUGAAAAGUAACUGACCUGUAUAGAUAAUCUUCAGUAAAUUUCUCUGAAUGAAACCAUAUUAUGUCUCGAAUUUGUAAGAAGAAACCUGCUGUGUGCACAGAUGAACCACUUUCCAACAGUAACAUCUGCCAAAAGAUGGCUCUAUUGAGAAAUAUACUCAGUACUGCCUAUGGACCUGCUGGUAGACUGAAACAAAUACAUAACAAUGUUGGAGGCCAUGUCUUGACAACUUCAACCUCUACAGCCCUGCUCAAACGAGUAGAUAUGUCUGAGCCACUUCUUAAAAUGAUCUCAACUGCUGUUCAACAUCACACCGCAUGUUACAGUGACUGUGGGCUGUUUUUGGGGAUUUUCACACUCAGACUUAUUGAAAAUACACAAAAUAAUGGCCUCAGGACAGCUGCAGCAGCCAAGGUAUACAAACACCUUGUGGAAGAAUGCAACAUGUAUCUUAAAGGAGACUCUUGUGGUUGUAAAGUGCCAGUAGACUUCAGCAACAGCGAUUCACUCAUUGCACUGGCUCGCAGCAUGAUCGCCAGCAAACCUGCCUGUAUGUUGAAUAGCAGGGAAACAAAGCAUAUCAGUUCACUGAUCGCACAGGCCUUCUUGUAUUCCAUCCAUUGCAACUCAUCCGGCGUGAGCUGCUUUGGAAGGACAGUCACCAUUGGCAUUGAGGGCCAAUCAGUGAGCGAUUCUUCGGUUUUCCCAGGACUGCUGGUGGAUGUCCCUGAGAUGCUUCAGCAUGCAGAUCUUGAGAGACUGGGAUCUGGUCCGUUUAAGGUGGUGCUUUUCAGCGUAUCACUGUCAGGGGAUAUCUCUGAGGUUGGAGAUGUAACUUUGGAGAUCCAUAGAGGAGUGGACCCAGAGCGUGAUCUCCUUCAGCAGCUCCUGAAGCUUGGGGAACAAGUUGUUAUGGACAAAGUGAACUUAUUUGCAUGCCAAAAAGUAGUACAUCCAAUUCUCCAGCACUACUUGAGGAAACAUGGAGUUGUUGUGAUAGAGAGGCUUGGACUAGCCCUUAUGGAACCAUUUGUCCAGUUAACAGGUGGUCAGGCUAUUGCUUCUCUUUGCUCUUCAGUCCCAGUGGAAGCUUACGGGAUGGUUAAAGAAUUCUGUUUGCAGUCAUGUGGAUCCAGAGAACUCUUCCAGCUCCUUCCUUCUAAAGAUGCUGCAGUUACCACCAUGGUUCUCUGCCACAGAAAUGAAACUAUGCUGGAAGAACUGAAGAUGACAUGCAAGAGAGCAGAACAUGUGUUGCGGCUGACUCUGAAGGAGCCCUACGCCCUGCUUGGAGGAGGCUGUACAGAGACACUGCUGGCCACCCACAUCACACACAUGAAUUGUUCCAAAGCCUCAACAAUAGCUCAGGCUCUGUGCAUCUCUCACUCUGAGUUCAUCAUGGCAGUCAAGGCAUUUUGCAGCUCUCUGCAAUCUGUGGCUCUUUCCUUAGAGCAUGAUGGACAGGACUGUCUCAUUGACCUGACAUAUGCUCAUCGCUGGGUCCCAGAUAUAUACUCCAAAACUUGUAGCUGUGGCCUUGUGGAGGACAGAUCCAACCUGGAGAAGACCCCUCUAAAUACAGCUUACCACACUUUCUCUCCUGUUUCCCUGGAAAACACUGACAGUCAGCCCAGAAUAUUAGAUUCAUUUUCUGCCAAACUCAAUGCUUUGAAUGUGGCGGUCGAGAUGGCUAAUUUUGUUCUUGAUGUAAAAUAUAUAAUUAAGGAUAUCAAUUGAAUUUUGAUGAACGAAGAGCUGUGCUUUUAGUAAAGGUUGUAGGUUUGAUGUAUUUUAUCAUCAGAUGUUGUUCUAAGACUUUUUCUUCAACAGAACUGAAUGUGGCAACAGUCAUGUUAAAUAUUCCUUACAUUAAACCACCAAAGCCAAAAUAUGAGGAACACAUGAGAGUUAAGAGACUGUCUCAUUUCUUAUAUGAUGCUGCAAGAGUCACA